UGCUCCGUUGUUUAUAAUCUGUGACAGGUGCGAGGGACCUCGGAACCAAAUCAAUUAGUAGAUGGACAAAAAAGUGACUUUUUAGACGACUGAUACAAUGGAUAGACCGAUAAGAUAUCAAGUUUUGACGAGUGAGGAUGACGAUGUACCCGCUCAGCCUCUAGCUGUGGCUAUGGUGCUGCCCCCUGUUGAGCAACAGCCAGCACCACCUAGUGAGGAACCAGAACAUAUGUAUGGCACCAAGCUGCCGAGUUAUGAUGAGGCUACAACUCUACCUACAUACGAGGAGGCAGAAAGGUCAAAGGCUGCAGAGGCGGAGCAACAACAGGAUGUGGAGGGUCAGAACCAAGAGGAUAUGGAACACAGCAGACAUAUGCUUAGAGUAACUUCCCUUGGAACAGAUGGCAUGUUUCUUUGCGCCUUCGUUGUUGCAUUCUUUUUUAACUGGAUCGGGUUCCUUUUCUCCAUUUGUGUGUUCACCACGAUCGCUGGAAGAUGUGGUGCCCUGUCUGGGCUCGGUCUUUCCAUCGUCAAGUGGGUCGCCAUCGUCAAGCAAAACGACUGGGCUUCUGGCUAUGCUGACAGCGACUCCUGGGUGUGGUGGCUUCUAAUACUUUGUGGUUUCAUGAUCUUCUUGAGAGGUGCAAUACAUUACGCCAAGAUAAAGUACGAGUGGAAUCGUCUAGCUCAUAACAUUCGCUCCCAGUAUUUCUUCACACUGUGAGUUGAGAUGUCUUGCUGGACACAUCAGUACUGGGAACUACAAACAGAGGUGGUGAAUGACAUUGGUUCAUUAUUGGAACUCUUGGUGAAGCGUCAUCACCUGAUUGAUUUAUUUUAAUCGUGAAUGUAAAAUAAAUUUCAUAUUCAUUGUACCAGUUUAGGAAACCCUCAAGAAUGUGAUUAGUGCAGGAUUCAUUGAUUUCAGUAGAGAUACUUGAGCAUUCUUAUAGAAAAAAAGUCUACGAAAGCAGAAUAUCUUUAGUCAUGUUUAGUAUAUAGAGAGCAUGCUGUCUGUACUGUUUCUGAUUGAGACAGGAUAUGAUCACCAAAACAUGAAUUUAAUCUGUAACAGUUUUGUAAUUAUCUGGAAAAAUGAAAUGUAUACAAAAGAAUUAUUCAACUCAAGUCUCGUUACUGACUGAUCUGUCUGUCAGAGAAAGAAUGGAAACUACUUGUGUGAGUUUGAAGAGAUAUACUAGUCAUCUUAAUCAAGAGGGAUACACAUGUCAUCGGAGUUAACAUGGAUAUACGACACAUCUGAUUUAAGAGGGAUAUAUAUACAAAACUUCAGAGUUAGGAGAGAUGUAUAACUCAUCGGAGUUAACCCUUUCAUCACUGUAGAUCAUAAUGGACUUAUCCAGAUCAAUGCAUGGAAGAGUUUACUAAAGUUACAUA